AUGGCGCCCGCGAGAAUCAGCAGGGACCCCGUCCUCCAUCGGGAGGACGCAGCGCAAUCCCGCAGCUUCCAGGAUCGUGCUGUGAAAUGCGACUUUUGCGUCUGCGGCGGUGGCCUUGCCGGGACCAUCGCCGCCAUUGCCGCCGCACGGAAUGGUAUUUCCGUGGUCCUCAUCCAAGACCGGCCGGUGCUGGGAGGCAAUGCGUCCAGCGAAGUCCGCCUCUGGAUUCUCGGCGCGACUUCGCACAUGUUUAACAAUAAUCGCUACGCCCGCGAAGGAGCCCUUGUCGACGAGAUACUCCUGGAGAACCUGCACCGCAAUCCAGAAGGCAACCCUCUCAUCCUGGACACAAUUUUGCUGGAAAAGGUCCAUGAUGAACCCAACAUCCAGCUCUUCCUCAACACAGCACUCGUUGGAUGCAACAAGGAUGGAGGUCGGAUUAGCAGCAUCACCGCUUUUUCGUCUCAGUCAUCUUUGAUGAUCUCAAUUACGGCCCAGCAGUACGCGGAUUGCACCGGCGACGGGGCCCUGGCGUUUCUGGCCGGGGCUCCGUUCAGGAUUGGUGCCGAAAGCCGCGACGAGUUUGGCGAGGGAUUCGCGCCGUCAUCCGAGUACGGCCACCUCCUCGGCCACUCCAUCUACUUUUACACCAAGGAUGCUGGCAAGCCUGUCAAGUUCGUGGCGCCGUCGUACGCUCUCAAAGAUGUGGAAAAUACCAUUCCCCGGUUCCGCAGCUUCAGCACAAAGGAGAUGGGCUGCAACCUGUGGUGGAUUGAGUACGGCGGGCGACUGGAUACCAUUCAUGACACCGAGGAGAUCAAGUGGGAGCUGUGGAGAGUCGUAUACGGCGUUUGGGAUUACUUCAAGAACUCAGGACGGUUUCCAGAGGCCGCAAAUCUCACGCUAGAAUGGGUCGGCACCAUACCAGGCAAACGCGAGAGCAGGCGCUUCGUUGGUCCUACCAUGAUGGUACAGCAAGACAUUGUGGAGCAGCGCUUUCACGCCGAUGCAGUAUCUUUUGGAGGUUGGUCUCUUGAUCUGCAUCCAGCAGACGGCGUCUUCUCAGAGGUCGACGGCUGCACUCAGUGGCAUUCCAAGGGAGUCUACCAGAUACCGUUCUCAUCCAUGCUUUGUGCCGAGGUCCCCAACCUCAUGUACGGCGGACGCACAAUCUCCGCAACGCACGUCGCGUUCGCUUCGACCCGUGUCAUGGCGACCUGCGGUGCGAAUGCUAACGCCCUUGGGAUGGCCGCGUCCAUGUGCAAAAAGCUGUCUGUUGAUCCAGCCCGACUUCUGGAGAAGCACACCAUGAAGAUGUUUCAGACUGAGCUGAUGCGUUUCGGACAAUACAUACCCGGCUACAAGCUCAAAGACCCCGAAGACCUGAUCCGCCAGGCAAUCUUCCUGGAACCGUCUUCCACGUUCGAGCUAGACAGGCUGCCAGCUGACGGCCCACCGAAGGUACUGGUCCGAAGCCUUGCUCAGAUGAUUCCGCUUGAGGCUGGGCCGAUCCCCAAGUUUCAUAUCACGGCCCAAGCGGUCGCGGAUACUACUUUGACUGUCCAGCUUCGCGUCUCCAAGAAGCAAUACAACUAUACCCCCGAGGAGAUCUUGGAGACACUCAGCUUCGAGUUGCGACCGGGAUCCAAUCCCUUAGAAGUGGCUUUCACGGUGCCCAAUCCGCAAGCGCAGUACGUCUUUCUAUGUAUCAUGCAAAACGAUUCAGUGGCCGUUUCUACGACACUGAAGCGCGUGUCUGGUUUGAUGACUGUUGAGCAUGAAUGCACUCAGUCACCGCCCAAAGACAUAGGAGUUGAUGAGUUCGAGAGAUGGACGCCUGUGCGGAGGCCCAUGGGACACAACAUUGCGCUUUCAGCAGAUCCCCCGAUCCGAGCAUGGGGCGUUGCCAAUAUCCGCAACGGAGUACCUCGACCAACGAAGCGAACAAACUGCUGGGUGCCCAAUAGCGGCUGUGGGGAGAGACGGCUGAUCAAGUUUACCUGGGACGCUCCAGUCACACUUGGCCGAGUCGUAGUUCACUUCGACACGGACUAUGAUCACGCUGCAGAGUCGGUUCUCCGCGGCCAUCCCGAGCGCGUUAUGCCAUUCUGCGUCAAGGAAUGGCGUAUCUUGGAUGUAUCAGUGGAAGGAAGUGAGACUGAGCUCUUUCACGAGGACAACAACCACCAGUCACGUCGGGUUGCAAUCAUGACUGCACCUACUCGCGUUACAAGCAUUGCCGUCGAGGUUUUGGCACUUAAUCGCGACAGCAACGUUGAAGGAGGCAUAUUUGAGGUCAGAGCAUAUAAUUCGUAG